AUGCGUGUGUUGUGCGCAGUCGGUGAUUCCCAAAGUACUAUGAACUUUCACACAGACAAAGACUGAUACGUCUAACAGUUUGUAUAAAUACGGUGCAACUCAGGACAUUCGAUAUCAGUGACUUCUCAUUCAGAGGUCUGACCACCGGUUAAUCAGAAAAUCAUGAAGAACUUUAUCUUCGCCAUUCUGGCUAUUACCUUUGUGGUAGCCGCAUCUACCACCACAAUCCCAAAUACACGUAAAACUGAGCUCCGUCGUCGUCGGGAAGCUGGACCAGAACCAGAACCAAGUAAUCGACCACCCCGACCUAUAAGUCUCCCACCAAUUAAUCCUCGCCUUCGUCGCGAAGCUGAUCCAGAACCGGAACCAGGCAACCGACCAGUGUACAUUCCACCACCACGUCCACCACAUCCGCGCCUUCGUCGCGAAGCUGAUCCAGAACCGGAACCAGGCAACCGACCAGUGUACAUUCCACCACCACGUCCACCACAUCCGCGCCUUCGUCGCGAAGCUGAUCCAGAACCGGAACCAGGCAACCGACCAGUGUACAUUCCACCACCACGUCCACCACAUCCGCGCCUUCGUCGCGAAGCUGAUCCAGAACCGGAACCAGGCAACCGACCAGUGUACAUUCCACCACCACGUCCACCACAUCCGCGCCUUCGUCGCGAAGCUGAUCCAGAACCGGAACCAGGCAACCGACCAGUGUACAUUCCACCACCACGUCCACCACAUCCGCGCCUUCGUCGUGAAGCUGAUGCAGAUCCGGAACCAAAUAACUGACCAGUGCGAAUACAUCACCCAAACAUCAUAUCCGCCAGACUGAAUAUUCAUUAAAUACUUGAAGAAGUAUUCAUUAUUACCUUAAUAUACCCGAGGCGAAUUGAAAUAUUUUAACCUAAUACUCUGUAAGAUGUACUUAACUUCACAAUAAAAUUGGUUGUUAUUUUAAAAUA